UAGCCGUGUUUCGAGGGAAAAAAGCAAGGUUAGGGAAGAUAAAAAUUUCGACAAAUCUCUCGCACCAAUUGAAAAAGUAUGGCGAGAAUCGUAGCGAUCAAGGAUACGCUGGAAAAAGCAUUAAACGACGAGGGAAAAACUUGGACACGAUAUCUAAUUUUGGCCGAAAGGAAGACUGGCGUAGAUAGGUUAUACAUUUUCGUAGCAUUGCUUAUAUUUUUGGCGAUCUAUCUAAUUAUUGGAAUAGGACAGCAAUUAGUUUCAAAUGUAAUUGGAUUCAUGUAUCCAGCCUAUUCUUCGAUGAAAGCCAUAGAAUCGAAGCAAGCAAACGAUGAUACAAAGUGGCUUACUUACUGGGUAGUCUUUGCUGUACUCACUAUUAUAGAAUAUUUCGUGGACUUUAUUAUCGGAUGGUUUCCAGUUUAUUGGCUUUUUAAGUGUUUAUUGUAUACUUGGUUGAUGAUACCUACAGAAUACAAUGGAUCAUUAAUAAUUUACCGAUGUCUAAUUCGUCCAAAAUUCAUUGCUUAUCAAUCAAAUGUAGAUUCCUUAAUAAAUGAUGCAAAACUAACUCAUAGAGUCAGAAGCAGCAUAUUUGAUUCAAAAAAUGAAUAAAUUCCGAUGAUUCCAA